UCGAACAAGGUGCUUGGGCCAACGAGAUUCUUUUCCCUGGAAAUGAGAGAAGGGUUGGAGGCCCAGCGUGGUGACGCCUGUUGCCAGGCAACCUGAAGACGCGGUUCUGAGUUGGUCUGAGGCUUUGCUGGGAACUGUCCCUUUCCAGCUCGUCCUGUCUGAAGCUGUCCCAAGCCGGUUCUCCGUGGAAUCAUCGCAAUUAAUACCUCUCAGCCCUCCUGCCCUGGACCUGGUCUUCACCCAGCUUGUUGGUCAAGUCAGUAUACUGCAUGAAUAAACACUUGAACUUAAAUGGAUUUGGAGGUUAAAGGAGUUGCCGUUUCUCCUAGGAGUCAAGCUCAGUCAUUCUCUGGACAAAAGAAGCCACUACAACAAGGUUGGACUUCCAAAUCAUGGGCAAUGCAGAAUUCAUGCCUACCUGUGGUCCCACGACUUGAUUUGGGAAGCCUUGUUGACUCUGAAGAUGAGGAUGAAGUUUCAUAUAUUCCACUUAGUACAGCUCAUAUUUAUUUUGACCCACCAAAUUCAUCUUCUGCUUUUCAUUGGGUCACACCAUGUCAAAAACCAUAUACUCAGCAUCAUUUAAAAGAACUGGAAGAGGACAUAAUACCUGAAAAUUUACCAGCACCAACAAGCAAAUAUAAACUAAAGUAUCAGCAAUACGAGACUGAAAUGAAAGAGGGAUAUAAGCAAUAUAGUCAGAGAAAUGCAGAAAAGACAAAAUCAAAUAUCACACAUCAGCAUUCUCCAAGAAACAAGACAGAUGACAAGUGUGUACAAGGGGAAGAAGCAAUCACUGAUCUUACAACUCUGGAUAGGAAAGCCCUCUUACAGCAGGGUUAUGCAGACAAUCCUUACGAUGCACAGCGGAGUACAAGAAAAUCUGAUGCUGAAAUGGUGGCCGCUGAGAAGAAGAAACAGACUGUUGCAGAGCAAGUGAUGACAGACUACUUAUCUAGGGCUGUAAUCAGUGAUCCAGAACAAAAUUUAAUCACUGAGAAACAAGGAAGUGCUCAUAUGCUUCCUGUUUCCAACAUAGCACCUCUUCGAUUUAGGAAAAGAACACUACAUGAAACAAAGAUAAGAACACAUUCUACCUUAACUGAGAAUAUGCUUUCUAAUAAAGUACAAUUUGAUGGUAGGAUCAUAUCAAGAAAUGGACAUGAUGCUUGCAGAGAGCUGAUUGGGUUCUUUUUUACUCAUGAUCAGUCCCUUACAGUUUAUGAAUAUCGGCAAUUUGGGAAAAAUAGAACAAAUGUGCUACCUUUUAUUCAAAAAAACAUUUAUAGUCAUCAGCGUGGACGAAGGAAAGGAAAACAAUACCAACUUGGUGAUUUUUAUGUUGGUGCAAACUUGACAUUUUUGAAUUCUGAUCAUCUCAGACUUCCAGAAAGCAUAAAAGAAAACACAUUACUUAUACUUCGAAUCACAAAUAUUGAUCGGAUAGCUUUGGAUUCUCUCAGAACUGGUUCUGUGGAACAUGAGGAUGGUAUAAACAGGCAGGAAGCCAAUGAUAGGCUGGUCUUCAAGGCCAUUCAAGAUGAGUUAAAAGAACAGCUACAUAAAAGAGGUGUCCGUAUUUUCACUGGAUUGGGAAAAUACUUUCGACAAUUGGACAAGGAAGGAAGUGGACUUUUAGAUAAGGCAGAUUUUAAGCAAGCUUUAAAUGUAUUUCACUUAGAGGUGUCUGAAAAGAAUUUUGAGUCUUCAUGGCUAAUUCUGAAUGACAGUGGCAAUGGCAAGGUUGACUAUGGAGAAUUCAAACGUGCCGUUAUUGGUGAAAUGAAUGAAUACAGGAAAUCAUUUGUUCGAAAGGCCUUUAUGAAACUGGAUUUCAACAAAAUGGGCAGUGUACCUAUUACAAACAUAAGAAAAUGUUAUUGUGCAAAGAAACAUCCUCAAGUAAUUUCAGGCCAUUUCACAGAGGAACACAUCAAAUCAUCGUUUCUAGAAACAUUAAAAGAUGCCUGCAACAAGUCUGAUGAAGUGUCAUAUGGUGAAUUUGAAGAUUACUAUGAAGGUCUAAGUAUAGGAAUAGUAAAUGAUGAAGAUUUUGUGAAUAUCUUACGUACUCCAUGGGGGAUUUAGUUUUUUUAAAUGAGUAUAUCAUUAGCACUAAACAUUUUAAAGGAGAGAUGAAUUCAUUGUAAAGUAUGAUCAAACACUGGAGUAUAUUUUUCUAGGGCUCUCUUUAUUUUUUUAUUUUUUCCUUACAAAGGUUGAGUCUGGAAAGAGAAAUAUUCAGAAAGUUAGAUGUAGGGGUAUAUGUAUGUUCAUGCACAGGUACGAGUGCUCAUUGUCUAUAAGUUUGAAAAGAUCUGUCUUUUUUAUUUAUUACUCAUCUUGAAUGUAUUUCAGAAGUCUUUAUUUGCCUUCAUAGGAAAGUAACAUCCGUAUCAAACUAUAUGAGAUCAUCUAUGUAGUAACCAAGUUUCUCGGCCAUUUUUUUUUUCUAUCUGUUUCCCCAAAUAAAAUAUACUGCCAUUUGUUAGAGAAUUAAUUGUUACCAUUCUCAAUUUGAUGAAUUAGAAUUGGGUUUAAAGCUUAUGAGACUGAAAUAGUUCAAUUUGUUUCAGGCAUAUGAAAAUGUUACAGGAAUUAAAAGAUAUGUAAGAGAAAUUUUCCGUGCUGUGUGAUUAUGGAUGUUUUCUGUAACAUUUUGAAUGAUGGAGGCUUACCCCUAAAAUGCUUAUAUAAACAUUGACUUGUCUUGUGAAUUCUUGUCUUCUAAAUUAUGUGCUGUUGUUUGUUCAAGAGAGCACAAGUUACUUCUAGUGACCAGUUCUGUUCAUUCUUUUAUUCUAUUUUUAACUGCAACCCUUAUAACCUACACAGAAUUAUUUAGCUAAAAACAAUACAA